CCCUCCUCCUUCCUCCACCUGCGUCUUCGUUAUCAGCAGCAGCAGCAGCAGCAGCAGCUGUGGAUUCUUCUCCGACCUCGAUCGGUCCUCCUCCUCCUCCUCCUCCCGUCGCUGCUCCGCGAAUCAGAGGAAUUGGGAGCGAAGGGGGUGUGGGGUCCUAGCGGGAUGAACGACAGGAGGACGAUCGACCUGGACCAAGGAUGGGAGUUCAUGCAGAAGGGUAUCACAAAGCUGAAGAACCUCCUCGAGGGGCUUCCCGAGACCCAAUUCAGCUCCGAGGACUACAUGAUGCUCUACACAACGAUUUACAAUAUGUGUACUCAAAAGCCUCCUCAUGACUACUCCCAGCAACUGUACGACAAGUACAGAGAAUCCUUUGAAGAGUACAUCACAUCAAUGGUAUUGCCUUCAUUGAGGGAGAAGCAUGAUGAGUUUAUGCUGAGAGAACUUGUUAAUAGGUGGGCAAACCAUAAGGUGAUGGUUAGGUGGUUAUCUCGUUUCUUCUAUUAUCUGGAUCGGUACUUCAUUGCUCGAAGAUCAUUGCCGCCUCUUAAUGAAGUUGGCCUGACUUGCUUUCGUGAUCUGGUAUAUAAGGAGUUAUAUGCAAAAGUGAGGGAUGCUGUUAUCUCUCUGAUUGAUCAAGAACGUGAGGGAGAGCAAAUUGACCGAGCUUUACUGAAGAAUGUUUUGGAUAUAUUUGUUGAAAUUGGGAUGGGGCAAAUGGAUCGUUAUGAAAGUGACUUUGAGGCAUCACUGCUUGAAGAUACUGCUGCUUAUUAUUCUAGGAAAGCUUCGAAUUGGAUACUAGAAGACUCUUGUCCAGAUUACAUGCUGAAGGCUGAAGAGUGUCUAAAACGUGAGAGAGACAGGGUUUCUCAUUACCUGCAUUCAAGUAGUGAGCCGAAGUUACUUGAGAAAGUUCAACAUGAAUUACUGUCUGUCUAUGCAAACCAACUACUUGAGAAAGAGCACUCCGGAUGUCAUGCGUUGCUUAGAGAUGAUAAGGUGGAGGACUUGUCUAGAAUGUUCAGGCUGUUUUCUAAAAUACCUAGGGGCUUGGAUCCUGUUGCAAAUAUAUUUAAACAGCAUGUUACUGCUGAAGGUACAGCCUUGGUCAAACAAGCUGAAGAUGCAGCAAGCAACAAGAAAGCUGAGAAGAAGGAUGUGGUUGGUCUGCAAGAACAAGUUUUUGUGAGGAAAGUGAUUGAAUUACAUGAUAAGUACCUAGCAUAUGUCAACGAUUGUUUCCAGAACCACACUCUUUUUCAUAAGGCUCUAAAGGAGGCUUUCGAGGUCUUCUGCAAUAAGGGAGUCGGUGGAAGCUCAAGUGCAGAACUGUUGGCCACUUUUUGUGACAACAUACUAAAGAAAGGUGGCAGUGAGAAGUUGAGUGAUGAAGCUAUUGAGGAAACACUUGAGAAGGUGGUGAAGCUGCUUGCCUAUAUCAGUGAUAAAGAUCUAUUUGCUGAGUUCUAUAGGAAAAAGCUUGCGAGGCGGCUUCUUUUUGAUAAGAGUGCUAAUGAUGAUCAUGAGAGAAGUAUUUUGACCAAGCUAAAGCAACAAUGUGGUGGUCAAUUCACCUCAAAGAUGGAGGGAAUGGUGACAGAUUUGACAUUGGCAAGGGAAAACCAAACCAGUUUUGAAGAGUAUCUCAGCAACAAUCCUAAUGCAAAUCCUGGGAUUGACUUGACGGUUACUGUUCUGACAACUGGCUUCUGGCCAAGCUACAAAUCUUUUGAUCUGAACCUUCCAGCGGAGAUGGUAAGGUGCGUUGAAGUUUUCAAGGAAUUCUAUCAGACGAAAACGAAGCACAGAAAACUAACAUGGAUAUACUCCUUGGGUACUUGUAACAUCAUCGGAAAAUUUGAACCAAAAACCAUGGAGCUGAUUGUCACAACUUAUCAGGCAUCUGCUUUGCUGCUUUUCAACACCUCGGAGAGAUUGAGUUAUUCGGAGAUCAUGAACCAGUUAAAUCUGAGCGACGAUGACAUUGUUAGACUUCUGCACUCUUUGUCAUGUGCCAAGUACAAAAUUCUCAAUAAAGAGCCAAAUACAAAGACAAUAUUAUCGACUGAUCACUUUGAAUUUAAUGCGAAAUUCACCGACAAAAUGAGGAGGAUCAAGAUUCCACUCCCUCCUGUGGACGAGAAAAAGAAAGUAAUUGAAGAUGUUGAUAAGGAUCGGCGUUAUGCCAUAGAUGCGUCAAUUGUGCGCAUCAUGAAGAGUCGGAAAGUUUUAGGUCAUCAGCAGCUGGUUAUGGAGUGUGUUGAGCAGUUAGGACGCAUGUUUAAGCCUGAUUUCAAGGCGAUCAAAAAGCGAAUAGAAGAUUUGAUCACUCGGGAUUAUCUGGAGAGGGACAAAGAUAAUCCUAAUUUGUUCAGAUAUCUUGCUUGAAAAUCUGCUAGUUGACCGUCCAGCUAUAGAAGUUGCUGCAGAUAAGGGAAUGGCGGAGGGGUUCAAUCACUUCCCUACCAAAGGUUUUGGAGGACCUAUGUUCAGCUGUACCUCUUCCGCUUGAUUAAUUGGGAGCGCACGAGCCGAAAAAUGCCUGUAUAUUUUGCCUUGAGAGCCAAGUACGAAUGGUUAAAGAAUAUGCGCCCGUCCUGGAAGAUAUGAGGUCGUGAUUGAUUUGGUCCAAUACUUAGAGUGGGACCAACCAGCAUCUUCCGCCGGCAUGCGAGCACCCAAAUGAUUAUUGAUGUUUUCAGGUUGAUUUGUCCUUAGUCCCAAAUAUUCAAGAAUGAGACUAUUUGUUUUAACACAAGUUGUCACUGCAAUUUCUAACUUUCUUAUCUUCCAAACUGGAGCUGCACUUAGGUGUUUUACAGCCUUGUUUUAUACUGGUUCUUCAUGGAAGGGUAAUUUUAUGAUAA